UUUUCGGUCCUUAUUGAUACGCAAUACUGACGUGAUUUUGUUUCAUUCAAUGUUACAAAUCAGAUAGCAGCAUGCAUUUAAAUAAAGGGCGUAUUUUAUUUCCUUAUUCUUUAUCUAGCAAAUUAAGCUAAACUAAAUGACGACGAUUACAACACUCCAAUCAGCAUCAGCUUAUCAACCAAAGACACAAGAUUACCCAAACGUAGGAUCUGCAAACGACGAUCCAAAUUACCCAUAUAACCAUCUCAAACCAGCAUACCCUGAUCUCAAAUGGGAGCCAUACAGUGAGACCCCUUUUGAGCAUCACAAUAAAGGCCACCUUGCGGACAAGAACAAGAAGGAUCUUUUCAGCGUUACCAGCAAGAUCGACAACAUUGAACCGGCGAUAGGAACAGAAGUAACUUUCCAAGAAGGUAAAAACUUGUUUACGCUCAAUGAGGCGCAACUCAACGAUCUCGCACUAUUGGCUGCUGAGAGAGGUAUUCUUAUCUUCAGAAACCAACCAGUUGAUCCAAAGAAGGCAUUGGAAUUUGGUAGAUACUUUUCACCAGUCCUUCAUAAGCAUCCCGUAUCUCCUCAAGCGAGAGCAGCUGCUGAGGAUCCAGAUUUAGAGAAUUUGCACAUUAUCUACGCUGACAAGUACAAGAAGCCAAAUACUGGUGCAUUCACUCCUACUGAGAAUUUUCAUAGUGAUAUUACCUAUGAGUUACAACCACCAACAGCCACUUUCUUGCAAGUAAUUACUGCACCACCUACAGGUGGUGAUACAGUAUUUUCGUCUGCUUAUGCUGCUUAUGACAGCUUCUCACCAAGUCUGCAAGCAUACUUGGAGACACUCUACGCUGUUCACUCAGGUGUAAAUCAAGCAAAAGGUGCUGAAGCCGCUGGUCAUCCAAUUAGAAGACCCCCUGUUGAACACAUCCAUCCACUCGUUCGAGUUCAUCCUGUGACCGGAUGGAAAGCGCUUUAUGUUCAACCAGGGUUCUCUCGUGCAUUGCUAGCUAAGCAAGGUGACAAUUUUGUCUCACUCCCUAAACAUGAAAACGAUCACGUUUUGAAUCUCCUUUAUAGGCAAGUUGCGGAUCAAGUUGACGCGCAAGUCCGUGUACGCUGGGGCUCUGGAGAUGUAGUCAUCUUUGAAAAUUCUGUUACUGCACACAGCGCCAUUUUCAAUAGUUUCCCUAAUCAGCGUCACGCUUUCAGGGGUAAGUGAAAAUAGAUUAUCAAUUAGCAUCUAAUGUAGGUUAGUUACGCCACAAGGAGAACGGCCACGUUCCAUUGAAGAGCACAAUAAGCUCUUCCCUGAAAACCCAGCUCGUAGUCGUAUCCAAGAUAUCGAGAAAGCCGAGGGUAUAACAUCUGAAAUCAGCUCUAUUAACCUCAAUCAAGCUAAGGGAUAUAGUGAUUAGUUGAUUGUUAGAUAAAUCUUCUCUGUUGUACUACUGAUCGAGAUAUGUUGAAUUAGAAGUUGAAAGUGAAUGCCAUAAAUGUCUAUAGUACAAAUCGAAUAGUAAUGCUAGUGUAUAUCCUACUGCUUUUUAUUCUUCAUAUCGUUCUUCUUAAAAGAUUCUUCCUUGAUAAUAUGAAGUGGACCACUAGCAGCUUUACCAACCAUUUGCUUCUCGAUAUUGUUGUUAAUAGAUGAACUGAGUUUCUUCAUAUUAGUUUUGCGCUCAACUUCGUUUUUCUUCUUUGGUGGAAUAGCCUUCUGACCUUUUUUCAUAAUAGAGGCAUUCUUAGAAGCUUUGUGAGCGUUGUGCGUCUUCUUUGAUGGGUUUGGUUUAAGUUUUGUAACACCUUGUGCCAUCGUAGUUGGAUAAC